AUGGCCCAAAUUAGUAGUGAGUUGAUCUUCUUCAAGGUGAAGUGCGAUGUUGAACCGGAGGACUCCGCCAGCGACCUGGGCGCGGGCCUGCUCAGGCUGUUCCGCGCCACUCAGCAACAGAGCGGCCACCAUAGCUCGGCCUGGGGUCGCACGGUGGAGGAACCGAGUAUGAUUGUAUGGGUGAUUGACUGGACGGAUGCCCGCUGCUCAAUAACCGGGUCACUUUUGAAGCCCUUCCUUGCCGACGAGAACCAACCUAUACCGGCAAUCUAUGCGACUCUCAGCCCACCCAUCAGCAGUUCCGACACAUUAACUAAGAACCCGGUGACUGAGCUUUGUUUUCUACCAGUCCCUAAUAACCUGUCGGCAUCCGAGACUCGACAGCUGGACGCUGACUUGAUCAACUUACGCACGGCGUUGAUCGUCCAGCUACCACAGGCAGCGAGGCCGCGAUCGUGGUCAAUGGGUCACGUCGACCGGCCGAAUACGGUGCAGCAUGACAAGAGUCCGAGCGGGCAGGCAAGAAUCCACUUGCUCGCCGUGGGAUGGGAGAGCAUGGAGGCCCAUGAGGAUGCCAAGCAGACAAAGGAGUUCAUCGACGGCAUCGCGCCAAUUCGAGAGAAACUGCUUCCCCCUGUACCUGGGUUGGAGAUGAAACAUGUUAGAUUCCAGAAAGUCUAG